AUGGCCUCCACUGCUACCACUGUCCCCACCAAGGAGCAGGUUCUCGUUCCCGAGACCCUCCUGAAGAAGCGCAAGAGCCAGGAGCAGGCUCGCGCUGUCGCCCGUGAGGAGGCCGAGAAGAAGAAGGCCGCCAACAAGGAGAAGCGCGCCGUCAUCUUCAAGCGUGCCGAGUCCUACGUCAAGGAGUACCGCGAUGCUGAGCGCGAGAAGAUCCGCCUUGCCCGCGUUGCUCGCAAGGAGGGUAACUUCUACGUUGCUGACGAGCCCAAGCUUGUCUUCGUUAUCCGUAUCAAGGGUAUCAACAAGAUCCCUCCCCAGCCCCGCAAGAUCCUCCAGCUGCUCCGUCUGCUCCAGAUCAACAACGGUACUUUCGUCCGUCUUACCAAGGCUACCCAGGAGAUGUUGACCAUCAUCAACCCCUACAUCGCCUACGGUUACCCCAACCUCAAGUCCGUCCGUGAGCUCGUCUACAAGCGCGGUUACGGAAAGGUCGACAAGCAGCGUGUUCCCCUCACUGACAACCAGAUCAUUGAGGAGAACCUCGGCAAGUACGGCAUUGUCUGCAUGGAGGAUCUGAUCCACGAGAUCUACACCGUCGGCCCCAACUUCAAGCAGGCCAACAACUUCCUGUGGCCCUUCAAGCUCUCCAACCCCACUGGUGGUUUCCACACCCGCAAGUUCAAGCACUUCAUCGAGGGUGGUGACUACGGUAACCGUGAGGAGAACAUCAACGGCCUCAUCCGCCAGAUGAACUAGAUUCAUCAUCAUCGGUGAUGGGCUUGUCCGUACCGGGUUGUUAUGAGCUCCGAAAUUUCCUAGUUAGCGGGUACUGGUCUAAAAUCUGGGUUACAAAAAUUUAAAAGCUUCGUACAACCUG